AUGUCCACUACGGGCAUGCAUUUAUUCGACCCUGUUUCCCAAUGCCCAGGUCAACCACAAGAUUCACAGUCCCCCACCAUGUCGGCGACUUUCUUGACCGUAGACGUUGACGGAAGACGAUCCAGCCAUCAUCGCUCUCGCUCCAGUGGAUAUGUCGAUGAUGUUGAAGAUCGCGAGAGAAGGGAUAGGCGGGAGUGUGAGAAGCAGAUGAAGCGCUAUCACGAUAGCAAAUACUACACGUCUUCGACAAAUCAUCAACGCUCGACAUCUGACUAUCUUAGUGUAUCUGGAUCGGGAGUGACAAUACGUAAUACUCACUCGAACGAUGAUAACGCUAUCCGCCAAGCUCAUGAUCAACGGCGAGGCUAUAAAACAAAAGAGUUUCAGCCCAGCCCUAGGAAUUUAUACGACUUGGAUCCGAUCACUGAACCUGUGCGUCAGAGUCCACCAAAAGUAGCUUAUACCGAUCAGACAAAACGACUCAAGCGACCUGCCAUCAAGGUGGAAAUACAUCAAGACAAUUCCGCUUUCUUAGACUCACCGGCUGAUCUCACCCCAAGAAGAAGUCCUAGUGCUAACCCUCAUUCCCCCACCACACAACCUGAGUUGCAAUACCAGUAUGCAGCGUUGCAAAAUAGGCUUACACAUAUCGGUUCCACGUGCGCAACAUACGCCCUGGUGGAAGCAGCUAGCCCGCAAGACCUGACUUUUACAAAGAUUGCCGAACAGGUCGAUGGGUUCGCAUUCGACAUCCAGGUAUGGGCUCACAUUGUGUGCCUGGACAGCAUGGCCAGGAUUGACUCGCAGAAACGGCAUGUCGUCGAGACAGCUUCACGAAAUCUGGAACGCCUCCUGUAUAAAGUUGCAGAAUUGGACGAUGCGUGUGCGCGAGCUAAGCCGAAAGACUUGAAACUAGUAGGGUGGCCUCAAAUUGAUAACGAGAUGGCGUAUAAAGAAGAAGAAGAUGAUGGCAAUCAGAGCAUUGAUGACCUGACGGAUAGCCUAGCUUUCAUCAUCCAUUCAUGUCUUCAGAGCAUCGAGCUUCAGUUACGAACGCUCAAAAGAUUAUCACGAUCCUUACAGGAGGCAACGCCAGAUGCGAGAGAGGAGGUCAUUGCAAUAACGAAGCUAGUUCAUCAGACGGCGCAACACUUCGGCUCGCAGACAGCGUUGAUGGAGUCCAGAAUUGACUCUAGGUUCAAUGGUAGAAGGGCAUUAGAUGAAUCAAGGUACGCAGCUGCUUGA